AUGGCUCCCAAGGACACCUCCAAAAUCUCUUACUCCCGAGCCGACUCAGGCUACCUCUCCGACCUCAUCUCCUUGGCCCGCGAAAGCGAUGAGGCCGCUGCAGCACUGCUCACAUCCUCUCCGUCUAGGUCUAGCAGUAGCAUCGAGUUCACCCUACGCACUUUCGACGACACAGACUGGAACGAUGUAGGUCGUUCAAGCAGGCAAGUCACCCGCCAGAACAGGCAAUGUAGGGCGAUUGCCGCGCGCAUCAAGACGCCCACGCGUUUCCCCAUCAAGCCGCUCGCGGGGACGAUGGCGCGCGCGAGGAAGGAGGUGGAGAGGAUGGCGGCGAGGAAGAGUGGUGGAAGCUUUGCAAGGAGCGUUUAUGCGCAGCCAGUGGCAUCGCAGCCUAUGGUGUGCAAGAUGCAGGAUGGGAGUAGCCAGAGGGGGCUUUGGGUUGAUGGGAAGUGGUUUUUGCCUCACCAACCUCUGCAGAUGGGAUCUGGAUUCGCAAAAGUUCCCACGGGACCCAAGAGAAUUACUAUCAUCAGCCGCGGUACGGCAGAGAGGGACUUCCGGCCCAAGAGGAUCGUCUUGAUCAACCGCGAUGGGGCUGCGGAGAGGGAGUUUCGGCCUAAGCGGAUCGUCUUGAUUAAUUGCCGCCCUGAUCAAAACAGCGCUGUGGUUGAGGAUAAGAUCGAGCCAGUGGUUGAACGGGACGACCUCCAGCCAAAGAGAAUUACCCUCAUCAACCGCUGUACGGUGGAGGAGAGGGACUUCAAGCCCAAGCGUAUUGUCCUUAUCAACCGCCGUCCUGAUCAAGCCAACGAGAAUACAAUCAAGUCAGGUGGUACUGAAUGUGCUACAUCUGGCGAGAAGGAAAAGUCCCAGUCUGUUGAUGGCUUUGGUCGGACUCGCGCUGCUACCAAGAAAAUCCGCGAGCAGGGUCUGGAGUUUGAUACUACGAACAAGAUCAGACGCAAGCGCAAGAGCGAGGAUUCUGUACAGGGCGUGCGACAGGGCAAGAUGUCGAAGCUGGACACGAGCGAGUGA